GGGCGGAAUUUCGACCGGGUGAAAACUAGACAUGAAAGUGACACUCGGGAAUGCGACUAUGACUGUCUUCAUCGGUGACCAAAUCCUUUCAUUCUCUCAUACUCCUACACGUUCGUCAAAACUCAAAUCUCAAGGUCUCCAGCAUUCAUUUAAAAAGGAAAUAAAAUCUAACCAGAUUUCAAGUGCUCUAACCUCAAUUGUACUACUAAAAAUCGAUAAAUUUAAAUUCAAAUAGUAGUACACCACUUGAAUGACAUUGAUGUGCGUCAAUAAGUCUAAGGUUCCGUCACGGUGGCCAUUUUGUCACUACCAGAUAGCAGGAGCAGAACUGUAACCUGCACGAUCACAAGGACCGAACCAUCCUUUCUCAAAUUUGGAAGUUUGAGUUUCGUCAGGACCUAGCAGCGCUGACAGCCCGAGCCCGUCGGACACUAUUUUUAGCGAGGCACGGUGGACCAAGGGCAAAGCAAUAUUAAUAAUCAGCAUCACAAAUGUCGAUACUUCGUCGGGCGGAACACCAGAACCGGUCAGUCAACGCAACUGUCAGAUCUUCAAUAUCUUUCGUUUAACGUCAAGAUGGGAUGGACCAUUUCGUGGGAAGAAUUCGUGUCAUACACAGCCGAUUUCAUGACAGUUUCAGAGGAAAUUUGUGAUGGUUGGGUCUGGCAGGGCGACAAGGAACGAUCGGGGAGUGCAUACAUCGUGAAGAAAAUUCAGCUCCAAAUGCCUGCCGACACUUAUGAUUGCAAACAAGAGACAAAUGAAAAUUGCGAUGACCUAUCAGUAGUGGAAUUUGAAGAGUCACACUCAGUGGCAGUUGCGGAGUCAGCUGAUUUAGAAUGCACUUGGGAAUACCACGUAUUGUACAGCAUCAGCUAUGCAACUCCUGUCCUAUAUUUCAAUGCAUUCUAUAGAGAUGGCAGACUACUACCUUUGGAAGUUAUAUGGAAGAGGCAUGGAACAGAAACUGAAGCUCUCCAACAUAUGCGCUGGGAGGCUCUCUCACAACAAGAGCAUCCAAUUCUAAGACGACCGUUUUACCAACUACAUCCAUGCAAAACAGCUGAGUUUUUGAGCCAUCACCUGGGUUCAAGUUUGAAUCCUGUUGUAACAUGGCUUAGCAGCAUUGGCCGCACAGUUGGACUACACCUUGAUAACGAAUACAGUAAGUUGGUAAACAAAAAUGUCUGAAAUAAGACUGAACAAUCCUCAAGAUCAAAUAAAUUUCAUCUGUGAUAUUAGCAAUUGUGUUAUGUUUGAUAAAAACAGAUAGAAGAUGAUUUCAGAUAAGAGUAAAAUACAAAAGAAGCAAUUAGAA